AGGACCCACGCCCAUGCACGGACAACCGCCAGUCCACGCAGGCGCACUGGCUCUCUCUGUGUCAAACAUGGCUGUGCUUUUGAAGAAAGAAAAAUGCUGAAUUGUGUUGCAGAAUUUCGCCAAAAGAGGAAAACAUGGCUAGACUGGCUGAUUACUUUAUAGUAGUGGGAUACGACCAGGAUAAGUCUGGAUCUGGUGAAGGAUGUGGCAAGAUAAUUCAACGCUUCCCCAAAAAGGACUGGGAUGGCACGGCAUUUCCCCAGGGUGUGGAGAUGUUCUGCCAGCCUGGUGGAUGGAGGCUGUCUCGUGAGAGGAAACCCCCAACAUUCUUCACAGUGGUGCUGACAGACAUAGAUUCAGAACGACACUACUGCUCCUGUCUGACCUUCUUUGAGGCAGAGGUCAACCUACAGGUCUCAAAGACGCUGGAGGCAGAUGGUGAUGAAGAUGAGGAAGAGGAAGAGGAAGAAGAGAAGGAUGGUUUGAUCCAGCCAGCUCAAAUUUUUGCACCCAAAAGUUUGAUUCUUGUCUCCAGACUGGAUUACCCAGAAAUAUUUAGGGGCUGCUUGGGAUUGAUCUACACAGUGUACAUAGACAGUCUGAGCUUCCCUCUGGAAGGACUGGUGGCAAACCUCUUCACAUGCUUGGUUCCAGUGGCUGGAGGUUCCCAGAAGCUCUUUUCAUUGGGAGCGGGGGACCGGCAGCUCAUCCAGACCCCCCUGAAUGACAGCCUACCAGUCAGCUGUAAAAGCGUAGCGCUCCUCUUCCAACAGCUAGGAAUCCAGAAUGUUCUUAGUCUCUUUUGUGCGGUUCUGACGGAGCACAAGGUUUUGUUCCAUUCUUCCAGCUAUCAGAGACUAGGAGAGGCCUGCCGUGCCUUAGAGACCCUCAUGUUUCCUCUUAAGUACAGCUACCCCUACAUUCCUGUCCUCCCAUCUCGUCUGCUGGAGGUGUUGAGCUCGCCUACACCCUUCAUCAUCGGAGUGCACUCCAUGUUCCAGAGCGAGAUCCAAGAGCUGCUCGAUGUGAUCAUUGCUGACCUUGAUGGAGGAACAAUAAAAAUCCCGGAGUGUAUACACCUCUCCCAGCUCCCUGAACCCCUGUUGCACAAUACUCAAAAAGCACUGUCCAUGGUUUUGCACCCAGAUCUGGAAGGAGCAGAUAAUGCCUUCCCACCCCCUCGUUCUGCUCCAUCCAACCUCAAACUGCUGGAUAAGGAGGUGCGGGCGGUCUUCCUGCGCUUGUUUGCACAACUCUUCCAGGGCUACAGGUCCUGUCUGCAGCUCAUUCGCAUCCAUUCCGAACCUGUGAUUCACUUUCACAAGGCUGCCUUCCUGGGCCAGCGGGGCCUGAUAGAAAAUGACUUCCUGACCAAGGUGUUGGAUGGCAUGGCCUUUGCGGGAUUCGUGUCUGAACGGGGCCCUCCGUACAGAGCCUGCGAUCUGUUCGAUGAGCUGGUGGCCUUAGAUGUAGACCGCUUUAAGGAGGAAGAGGAGAACCUGGUCAAAUUCCAGAAGCGUUUGAGAGAGCUGUCAGAGCAGCUUUACAAAAACGAGAACCCGAACCCCCACAUGGCCUUCCAGAAAGUGCCUCGUCCCAGCGAGGGCUCGCACCUGCGGGUGCACGUGGUUCCCUUUCCCUUUCUGGAGGAGGAGAGGGUGGAGGAGUUGAUACAGGAGGGCCUGGCCAAGCAGCACACCGCCCCUAUCAGUACCCGUCCAGAGAGGAAGUGUGUGGUGCCCGCCGGACCCCCUGUGGUAUCUAUCCUGGGCAAGGCCAGCUCGGUUUUUAACAGCGCUCGUAGACUGGAGGUGGUCCGGACGUGCAUCGGCUUCAUCUUCGACAACAAGACUCUGGAGACAGAGAAGACGCUCCCUGCGGCUCUUCGGGCCCUGAAAGGCAGAGCAGCACGCCAGUGUCUGACCGAAGAGCUCAGCCACCACGUCCGGCAGAACCGUGCCAUUCUGGACCACCAGCAGUUUGAUCAUAUUGUUCGCAUGAUGAACUGCGCUCUACAGGACUGCUCCAGCGCCGAGGAAUACACUGUAGCCGCAGCAUUGUUGCCCCUGACGACAGCAUUUUACCGGAAAUUGGCAGCUGGGGUGGAUCAGUUCGCUUACACCUGCAUACAAGACCAUCCUAUCUGGACCAAUCAGCAGUUCUGGGAGGCCACCUUCUACUCUGAGGUGCAAAACCAGAUCAGAGCGCUUUACCUCACCGCCCCUGAGGACAAACAACUCAUCACUGCCAAGAUCAAGGAACAGAGUACAUUGUCCGCAGCAGCCAGCGAGUCAGAAAGGACCGCUAUGGACCUCGCAGCAGAGCAGUUGCGUGCUUGGCCCAGUCUGAGCAAAGAGAAGCAACAAGAGCUGGUGAAGAACGAGGAGAGUACUGUGUUCAGCCAGGCCAUCCACUACGCCAGCCUGAUGGUCUACCUGCUCGUACCGCUGGACACCAGCAAAAACAAGCUGCUGCGCUCCACCCCUGCAGCUGACUGGGAGAGCGGCAGCAACAGCAUCCUCACAAACAGUAUUGCAGGGAGUGUGGCAGAGAGCUUUGACACGGAGAGUGGAUUCGAAGACUCUGAGACCAGUGACGUGGCCAACACUGUGGGGCGAUUCAUCUCUCGUUUCAUUGACAAAGUGUGCACAGAGAGUGGAGUGACCCAGGAUCAUAUCAAGAGCCUGCAUAGUAUGAUUCCAGGUAUUGUGGCAAUGCAGGUGGAGACUCUAGAGGCGGUUCAUAGAGAAAGCAGAAGACUGCCUCCCAUUCAGAAGCACAAGAUCCUGCGGCCUGCCCUGCUGCCUGGAGAGGAGCUGGUGUCCGAGGGGCUACGGGUGGUCUUGGACCCUGAUGGUCGAGAGGAAGCCACAGGGGGCCUUCUGGGAGGACCGCACAUCCUGCCAGCAGAGGGAGCACUCUUCCUCACCACUUACCGUAUCGUUUUCAAAGGCACUCCUCACGACCCACUAGUUGGCGAACAGGCCGUGAUCCGAAGUUUUCCGAUAUCCACUCUAACUAAGGAGAAAAAGAUUUCCAUCCAGAACCAGCUACAGCAAAACAUGCAGGAGGGGCUUCAGCUGAGAUCCGCCUCCUUCCAGCUAAUUAAGGUGGCGUUUGACGAGGAGGUGAGCUCAGAGAUGGUAGAGAUCUUCAGAAAACACCUGCAACGGAUCCGCUACCCAACAUCCAUCUUUAGCACCUUUGCUUUUGCAGCAGGACAGACAGCACCGCAGCUCAUAUUACCCAAACAGAAAGAGAGGAACACGGGCUUCCGCACACUAUCUAAGACCAUUGUGAAAGGGGCUAAAAGGGCCGGUAAGAUCACAAUGGGCCGCCAGUCCACUCUGAAGAAAAACGAGAAAGGCAGUCGCAUGACGUGGCACGAGGAUGAUGACAUCUCCAUCUCAGAUGAUGGGGAGCCCCCCUCCAGCAGCACACUGAAGGCCUCAGAGAAGUCCACUAUGGAGCAGUUAGUGGAGCGAGCCUGUUUCCGUGACUACCAGAGGCUGGGCCUGGGUACCAUUAGUGCUAAUUCCACACGGUCUAAAAGCGGAGAGCAGUUCCGUGUUACGGCAGUCAACAGGCUCUACUCAUUAUGUCGCAGUUACCCUGGUCUCCUGGUGGUGCCUCACACCGUGCAGGACAGCAGUCUUCAUAAGGUGUCCCGCUGCUACCGGCACAACCGUCUCCCAGUUGUGUGUUGGAAACACCCUCGCACCAAAACGGUUUUACUUCGCUCGGGAGGUUUUCAUAGCAAGAGUGUGGUUGGGCUUUUCAAGUCUCAGAACCCUUCCCCAGCAGCUCCGACAUCCUCAGAGACCUCCAGCAGUCUGGAACAGGAGAAAUACCUGCAGGCCAUCCUCAGCUCCAUCCCCAUCUACUUCAAACCCAACGGCAGCAACACCCUCACCAACCGUUCCCUUGUCGGCUUGUCCCCAGGUACUGCAAAGAUAUCAGCAAGCGAUAGAAGGGCAUCAAGAAUACCAAAGAUGGCCCCUGUCCAUUUGGACAUUUCCUUCACCAAUAGCUUCACCAGAGGAGUACUCGGGUACAGGGAUAAACUAUUCACUCACUCAAACCAAAAAGCUUCAGCUAAGGGAAGAAUUCACAGUCAAGGUGUGUGGGCUAGUCUGCGGUCUAGCAGCAGAUUCAUCCAGCACCCCGCUGCUGUCGACGUGGGCGCGCGGUUGGCUAGCAAGGAUCUGGCGCCCCCUACAGGCAUUGAGACCCUUCAGGCCCAACUCCACAAGCAUCAAGCCGCUCUCUACAUCUUUGGAGAAAAGUCUCACUUCAGGGGCUUAAAACUGGACUCAGCGCUGAACUGUGAGCUGGUGCCGGUCGAGUUUGCAGAUACCAGACAGGUGAAGGGCUCCUUCAAGAAGCUUCUGAGGGCAUGUGCACCCAGUUCCAUGCCCUCCGACACCGAGGACUCGUUCCUUAAGGCUCUGGAGGAGAGCGAGUGGAUGCAGCAGCUACACAAGCUGCUGCAGCUGGCUCUGGUUGUGGUGGAGUUGCUGGACAGUGGAUCAUCUGUGCUAGUUAGUCUUGAGGAUGGCUGGGACAUCACCACUCAGGUGGUUUCCCUCGUGCAGGUGCUCAGCGAUCCAUUCUACAGGACCCUAGAGGGCUUUCAGGUGCUUUUGGAGAAAGAGUGGCUGUCCUUUGGCCACAAAUUCAGCCAACGUGGCACCCUGACCCCCAGCAGCCAGGGCAGCGGCUUCACUCCCAUCUUCCUCCAGUUUCUUGACUGUGUCCAUCAGGUUCAUAACCAGUACCCCCUUGAGUUUGAGUUUAAUCAAUACUAUCUGAAGUUUCUGGCAUACCACUACAUCUCCAAUCGCUUCAAAAACUUCCUUCUGGACUCGGACUACGAGCGCCUGGAGCACGGCACAUUGUUUGAGGACAAAGGAGAAAAGCAGUCCAAGAGAGGAAUCUGUAUCUGGGAGUGUAUCAACCGAAUGCACAGCAAAAGCCCUCUCUUCUUCAACUACCUGUACAGCCCAUCAGAGACGGAGCCGGUGUUGAAACCAUUGAUUUCCAUUCCCAAUCUGACAACAUGGGAGUUCUACACGGGGGAGACACUGUCCACAGGCCCCUCUUAUGACUGGUGUAUGCUCGCUGUGCGCUCGCAGAGCACGGACGACUCCGACACCAUCGCCACCACCAAGAGGAGGAUCGUCUGGCCAUGUUACAGCAGUGUCAGCCGCGCACAGCCUGAUGCCAUCACCAAACUAUUGGCAGACAUUGAGAGUCUGGAGGGAGAACUGGGACAGCAGUCGGAGGCCUGGCACACCACGCUGGAGAAGGUGCUAGACAGCAUCCAGGAAGACCUCAAACAGGAGGGCAAUCUACGGAAAGAGUCGGUGUCCAUCUCUGGCUUGGUCCCCACUUCCAACCUGCAGGCCUACCAGCGUCGCUCCAUGUUGCACCUACCUGACAGCGGCCUCGGAGAGGACAGUAGCCCCACUGCGGCCAAUGGCGUUAAUCGUAGAGCAGCCACACUCUACAAUCAGUUUACCCCGAAGAAUGAAGACAAUAGAUCAUUUGAGGGAAUUCUGUAUAAGCGAGGGGCAUUACUUAAAGCGUGGAAAGCUAGGUGGUUUGUUCUGGACAUAACAAAACACCAGCUGAGGUAUUAUGAGACGGACGAGGACACAAGCUGUCGUGGCUAUAUUGACCUGGCUGAAGUGGAGUCUGUCCUGAUUGCCACACCGACCAUAGGAGCCCCCAAACACAUCAGUGAAAAGGCUUUCUUUGAUCUGAAGACCACUAAACGGGUGUACAACUUCUGUGCGGCGGAUGCUCAGAAUGCCCAGCUUUGGAUCGAUAAGAUCCAGAGCUGCAUCUCAGACGCAUGAAGCCCUCUUCUUUCACACGACCCAUCAGCACCACCUCUCACUGCAGGGAGACUCACUGUGCAAUUAGUAGGAUGGUAGUAAAGCCUUCAGUGCCUGUUGAAAAUCCAAAAGACUCCUGAGAAACACUGCGUCUGAGCAGCGGAGAACAAAAACACUGCCCCGUUCACUCUUCUGUGGAGCUGCGAUUACGGUGUCCCACUCCUGAGGUGACUGGUGAAAAUGAUGCAAUGCACUACACUGACAUUCGCUGAACAAACUGCUAUGUGUAACUGAGACAAAGCAAUAGCACUAAUCUUAAACUCGGGGGUCAAUAUAAUCGUGACAAGAGGUGUGUUCUGCAAAACAAGAAUACUGUUGCUGCUGAUAAAAUGCAAAAUCUGACAACUCUACUUAGAAAGAUGCACAAUGUGUAAAUGAUUUGCACUUACUGAUAUGCACUCCGUACAAAGCAGAUUUUUAAUGGCUAGAACAACUAGGCAAAAGGCAUUAUGUUUUAACUACAUAUCGAAGCUUGGAGCGAACAACUUUAUGCUCUAGUGUGCAAAGUAUUUUUUUUUUAUAUAUAUAUAUAUAUAUAUUUGCAAAAACUUUUCUCUUCAGUAUGAAUGUUAUACUCAUGCGUAACAGAAAUGUUGCUCUGUAAAUUAUUUUUUAAGCAUUAAAAGUGUCACCUGUGUGUGUUUGUUGAAUGGAGAGUUUGAUGUGUGUGUGUGUGUAUAUAUAUAUAUAUAUAUUACAAUUCAAGCUUUUUAUACUCUGCUGAAUAUGCUAUUAAAUAUGUUUUUCUAACCUUUUAGUCUAACUUGAAAUAAACACUCAUAUUUAUACUUAAAAAUUAUGGAGAGUUUACAGACUAAGCAAAGCACUUCCUGCCUGAGAUGGUUGAGAUGGUUGUCAAAAAGUUUUGUUUGAAAUGAAGGGAAGAACACUAUAUUUCUCCAUUUUUGGUGAGGCUAUAUGUGAUGUUGAUAGAUUUAUAAGGCACUAAGGUUUUAUCUGUUUGGUGGUGUAUCUGUAAAGUUAAGAAGCAAAACGAAAAAAUAUCAGACAAGAUGUCUGUUACUGAACCUAAAAUGACGUUACUGUAUGUACAAUACUGUGUGGUGCCACUAAUGCUUUUGGUUUGUUUACUGUUUUGUUCAUGUUUCAUUUUGGGUUUUGCUGUUAUUUGAAAUAAAUCUUGAUCUCAAUUA